UACCCCAUCGACCAUUUGACGCACGUUUAUUUGUGUGCGGCACAAAAUCAAGAAGCACAUUGAAACAUUCAGGGACGUGUUUCACUACAUCUAAUCUCGUGAAAAUCGUUGUUCCUGACCAUCGCGAUUGUAUUUCGUGUUAUUAUUUAUAAUUGUUCAAUAAUGAAUUGAAUUUCCAUCCGUUCACAUCAGCCACAAGCUAAAAUGGCUCUGAAUUAGGUUUGACAACCGCAGGUCAUCGAAACAAAAAAUGUUUACCUUUUUUCUUCGUGGACGUCUUCCCAACAGUGCGAACGGCAGUAUGGAGAUGUUGUUUCGGUCGUGAAGGUGUUCUAGAAUUGCACAGGAUUAAUCCAAGCCAGGAAGAACCUGCUCGCAAACGAUUGACCUUAAUUAUGGUUUCACAUUCUGGAAUACGUCCAGUGCGAAGCUGUGCGUGUGUUUGUGCUUCUAGUUCCCGCGUAAAUGAGUCGGUGACGCCAGGAACUUCUGAUGUGCGAAACCUAUCAUUGCCGAAAGGAGGACUCGUUCAACCGACUGCUAUGUUUCACACCGCACACUUGAUUCGUCUGCGAGUGUAGUGGUGAACGUCGUCGUACAUUUUGACAUUGUGUGAUGGGCCAUUGAGUGAAAAUUGGACGUCCAACUUUGGUGAAGAAUAACUUCAUGGUCUUCCGGCAGAUAGCAUUCGAGGAUUUGUGGUGAAGUGUUGCUCAAGUAAAUAGAUAUUGUAAAAGCAACUGUCCAAGGUGAAAGAGCGAAAAUUAGUGGAUCUUCCGAGUGGCUAUCAUGGAGAAUAUUGGGCAGAGCAACUUUUUGCCGGUAGAUAGCAUGGGCGAAAGUACCCACAAGUCAUUGGACCAAUCCUGCAAGAACUACACAAUGCCACGGCUGAGCAAUACCAAUGGCUGCUGCCGAUUGUGCUUCAAAGGCAAUUGCCAUCUACAAGAACUUUUUCCAGGCGGCUAUACGGAGGAGUUGCUCAUAAGCAAAAUCUUCGAGUGUACCACUGUUGAGAUCACAUUUGCCAACGACCCGGAUGCCCUGAUAUGUUACAGCUGUGUGGCAAAAAUCGAAGAGUUCCAUCGGUAUAGAGAACAGUGCCGCAGCAAUGAUAUACAACACAAGAAUUCUAAACGGCUCUUGGGAGGAAAAAAUCUCACAGAUCCUCCAUCGACAUUGAUUCCCGCUAAGUACGUGAAAAAAGAGAUAGAUUCGGAAGGGUUUGAAAUAAGCGCUGCUGAUUUCUUCCCGCCGGAUACUGCUGAGCAAUCGUAUGGUGUGUUAGAUUCCAUCUUAGAUGGACCAACCAGCCGCGUUGUUGACUCAUCCGGUGCGAUAGACUCAACUAUUCCUAACGAGGACGGCGUAAGCAAUUCUGACGAAGAUGCAGUUGGUGACGAAAAUUUGCUGGAGUUGAUGCCCGAACGGACACACGAUGAGUUCAGUGUAUCGUACGCCGAUAUGAACGAAGAAUACGAAAAUAAUAAUGAAGUUUUCUGCGAGAUGCCGAUCAAAGAGGAACCGCAAGACAUUGAUGAUGGCCCGGAUGAAUGGAAUGAUUUUGGAAUGGAUGAAGAUGAUACCACCAUGGACCACAACAGCACCAAUCUGAUACCAUUGAUAGAGAAUUGCUCUUAUUCGACGAAUUCUGAAAACGAUUUAGAAGAGCAGCGGCCAUACCGCGAGGUGUACAACGGCAGUGAUUUAAUUUGUCUAAUGCAAGAUGGGUUUCUGUACUUGCAAGUGAACAAGAUGGAAUGGCGGUGUCGAAUAAAAGACUGUGGAGCUGCUGUCUUUCUGUACGAAUAUAGCUCAGAGCUGGAGCCGAAUGGCGUAAGCCAUAUGCAUAACAGAGAAGUGGAAAACAGCACUACCGAUAUGGAGAUUUUACGUCUAUUGGAAAACACAUCAACUCCACCAGCCGAGUCUGAAGAUGAGUCGUUCCAUUAUGUAAAGAACAUAAGGAAAGGUAGCUCAAUCGUCUACAAAGGUUACAAAUAUAGUAUGAAACAUAGAAAUGUAGAUGGAACUACGUACUGGAAGUGUCGUUCUUCCAAAGGCAAUUGUUCGGCAGCCCUAUAUCAAACUCCAAACAACAAAUUCAAAACUGUUGGUGCUCAUACACACUCGAAACAGGGUUUGACAAAAGCGGCACAGAAACCAUACGUCUCAAGCGUUAGUACCGAAUGUGAUGACGAGCUUGGAGAUAAAUCGUCCCCUGGUAAAAUUAAACUUCGAAUUGCUCGGCAAACUGAUGUCACUAACACGCCAACGCUGAAACACCCAAUACGGAAUGGGGAUGAAAAGAAAAAAAUACCUAUAAACCAAAAAGACGCUCAAGGAGUCGUCCGAAGAAGUUAUGAUUACAAAAUAGUAAAUAACGUUAACGGUCGCAUGCGGCUUCAUUUCGAUGGACAUCUUUAUGUGCGGGAAUCUUCUAGGAAGGAAGAUACGGGUACGGUGGUUGUAUGGCGAUGCAGGCGAAACUACGAUAUGUGUGGUGUUGCUGCUUUACAAUACGAAGAUGGGCUCGUUGAGGUAAUCGGUGAUCAUGAUCAUUCUCCGAUUAAAAAAACGAUGAAUAUCCCCGACAAUAGUGUGGGAACAACUGCGUACAAAUUAUUGCCCACGUGCAAAGGAGGCGAAGCGCUUAUUCUUGAUGGAUAUCGUUAUGUGAAAGCCUACAACAAACCGAAUGGAAUGAGCUUGUGGCGUUGUACAGCAUUGGCAGGUAUCACCUGUCGAGUGAAGAUCAUCCUUGCAACAGACGGUGUGGCAUAUGUUAUACGUAACGUAAAACAUAACCAUUCCAGACCGAAACACAAGAGAACAGUUCACCCAGAUACGUUGAAAGUCUCCAGUUCUAGCAAACAGAAAGAAUCAAAUAGAGCUGCUGGUGUUGACAAAAAGACAUUCCGUAUAGGAACUGAAUCCGCCACUAGUACACCAUCAACGAUGCGUAGUAAAAUGAACAAAGCAAUGCCUAAACCAGUUGCUAAUAGUGAAACCGUCGCUACUUCUUCUGCUAGUGGUCAAACAGCGAAAGUAUCAUCUAAGUUGCAAUCUAUGCGUAAUUUUCGUGUUAUAAAAAACAAAAAAGGUAACAAGGCGCUGGUCCACGGAGGGUAUCGAUAUUGCAAGGUUCGAACGCGCCAGGACGGAAUCAUCAGUUGGUUCUGCCGCAUGAACAAAAAAACAUGUCGCGUUGGGUUGUACCAAUAUCCCGAUGGCAGGCUGGAAUGGAUAAACCAAAGUCGCCACAAUCAUAGUCCGACUGAUCCAGCAGCACCUGAACAGCCCAAGAAAAUUGUUACCCAACCAAAAAAAAGUACAUACCAUAUGGAUGACGAAACGUUUGUGAGCAACGAAUGGUACUUUGUGCGCAACCGAAAAAAUGGUAUUACGCUCAUACAUGCUGGAUAUCGGUACCACAGAAAGGGAAUUCGCAUUGACAGCACCUCGAUGUGGCGUUGUUCGCGUGCAAACCAAGGAUGCCGUGCUGGGAUUGUGAUGCACUCCGACGAAACGAUCGCAAAGUUCGACGAUAUUGAUCACGAUCAUUCACCGCCUAGCGGGAUCAUGGAAGGAGAGACCAUAAUAAGUGGUGAUCCAGAUGAAAGUAUAAAACAAGCAUCACCAAACACAAGCAUCGGUAAUAACGGCAAUGCUGCUGAGCUUAGUUUGGUUCACUUUAAUGGUUGCAUUGAAGAGCAGGAUGAUCCUGAAGCGAAUAUGCGCACGCUCCUGAGCACAAUGUUGGACGUUUCUGACGAGCCGGCCAAUAAAUCUUCUAACAAGAUAGUGCUUUCUCCGUCGAAAGCUAACUACAGAUAUAUUAAAAACCGUCGGCUUACAAAGAGUUUGGUCUUCCGCGGGUAUCGUUAUUCUCGUUCUAGCAUGCAGAUUCGCGCAGACGGAUCCAUGAAGUGGAUUUGCCAGAUGAAUAAAAAAACCUGCCGUGUUUCGGUAAAGGUAUUGAAGGACGGAAGCUUAGAAAUGGACGAUCAGAAACACAACCACCCGCAGCUACCGGAAGAUAUGGAUGAGAAUGACGAAGACAACGAUGACGACAAUGACACAGUUGACUCUACACGCGACACAACAUUGAAUACCACUAACCAGGAAGAUGGAAUGGAUAAUGAAGAUGCGCAUGAUUACUUUUUUGCUUUAAAUCGGAGUAACGGCACAAGUUUGAUCUUCCAGCGCAAUCGCUUCAGCAAAGAGAGUACCCGCCCGGACGGAUCGACAAUAUGGCGUUGCAUGGUACGCACUGAUUGUGUAGCGAAAGCCAUCCUACAUGCUGAUGGUACUUGCAAUGCUUUCCGUGAUUCGAAUCAUCAUCAUCCACCAUUAGACGAGCUACCAAAACCAAUGAAGGUUCCAAUUAAAUUUUCAUCGCUAUCUGCACGGAAGCAACUGGUCGAAAAGCGGCCUGCUGCUAAACUUACCGUGAAAGGUGAUAUGCUAAUCUACAAACAAAAUCGGUUGAAAAAGGUUAAAUCUUUCUCUGACGGUACAGCCGUGUUUAAGUGUGCAGAAGUGGACCGUUGUACUUCGGUUGUGAAAAUUCAGUACGACGAAACAGAUGAUGGCGUAUCCUCGCCAUGGGUGAUUUCCGAAACGGCUCAUAAUCAUCCAAAUUACCUCACGGAUACAGCCACUACCGGCAGUAACAGCGGCAGCAGCAGCAGCAUCAUCACAAAAACCGAAGGAAAGAGUAAGCGGAAAAGCCCUAUCAAAAUGCAAAAAUAUUGUGCCAGUGACAGUGUGGAGCAGGGCAAAGAGUAUCAGCUGUUUAAAAACGACCGGGGCCAUGUCUCGCUAGUGUACAAAGGCUAUCGGUUUUCGUUACGCAAUCAAAACGUCAAUGGCAACUCCAGCUGGAAAUGUCGCGCUAAUAAGACAUGCAAUGCGUACGUUACCUUCACGGAGGAUGGUCACGUUGUGCGAGCUGAGAACGAAGUAGAAGUAAUGCCACACAAUCAUGCCAUUAACGGGGAAUUUAUUGAACGAGGUGUAGCGCUAGAUAUAGGUGAGCUGAGUCCGCCCGCCGAAAAUUUGAGCCAGUUUGUGUCUAAUUGGGUGAACGGGAUGUAUAAAAGCGAGCUUGGUGGAAAAAUGAAAACCUCACUAAAGUCGUCCACAAGUCAUAACGACGGGAAAAAAACAAUCUGCCAUAAAAACUAUUCCUACAAGCUGCAAACUAUCAAGAAUGGGCGAGAGUUUUGGCGCUGCACCAUGUUCAAAGCAAGGGCCUGUCGUGCGGCUCUGUUUUGUAGUAGCAACGGUACGAUCAUAGAAUAUGAAAAUGGACGUCAGCAUAAUCAUGAAGCUAUCAAACCGUCGGCCACUGCAAUGCAAAAAGCAUCUUCCGGCUAUAGAGGGAAGACUCACGACGAGAAAACGACUGGCGUGUUUUACGAAGCGAAUGCAGCUUACGGUAAAAUGAACGAAGUACAGAAAACGGUCAAACGAAGCCACAGUUCAAUGCAUUACGACGACCAGUCGAUCGACGAAAGUUCAGCACCACCUGCGUACCAGAUAAUGAAAAAGGAUGGCGUGGAUACACUGCACUACGAAAGGCAUCGAUACGUUGUCAUCGUUUGUAAGCGAGAAACGAAGACCGAUGAACCGAAGCGUUGGCGCUGUUGCCUAUGGAAUAGCCGGCACCAAUGUCCAGUGGAACUAACCAUCCUGGCUACGGGCGAGAUAAACUUUGAAACAGACCCAACCCACAACCAUCGACCACCGCCACCAGAAUCACAAGAAGUGGAAAGGGUUUCAGUGUUAAAUACGAAGGGUACAAGAAAGUACGAAGUAGUAGGACGAAAAAUGAUUGUUUAUAAAGGAUACAAGUUCCAGUGGAAGGAAGUAAAGGAUAGCUGGGCGUACUACAAUUGUUUGUACUCCAUUUCACAUGGGUGCACCGUGACAGUGAAGGUAGAUUCGCAUGGAAUGUUAUUCGAAUGCUCGAACGAAUCGCACAACCAUCGUUUGGCACUGCUCAAUGAUCAAUCAGAUGACUCUGCUGGUGUAGUAAAUCGAGUAAAACCUAUGUCCGAGCGGGCCAUAGCAUCGAGACAGGAGCGGCUUGCUAAUUGCCCCAAAACGGGCUCUAAUGAUUAUACAUUCGUGCGAUCCUGUUUGGGAAAUUCCAUGCUCUUCGAGGGCCACCGAUACUGGUUGCAUAGCAAGCUGUCGUGCGGAUUGUUCGUGUAUAGAUGUCGUUACCAAAAAGCUAAAAGUUGCACCGGUGCCGUCUAUAUGGAUAUGGAUACGCAGCUAAUGUACCAUCGUUAUGAUGCGGAGCAUAACCAUGAACCUAUGCCAGAAGAUGCUGUUGUAAAUAGUGAAAAACCAGCUGGUAGAACCAGUACCUCUGAUAACAGUGUCCUACCGAUUUCGCAACAACUCAGCACUAGUACGCAGGACGACCAGACCGUUGACGAUAUCGACGAGCGUGAUCUUGCAAGUGACAUCGACAGUGGCGAGCUUCUUCAACCCGAAGUACUGAAGAUCGAGGAAGAAAACGAUAACGUGAUCAUAACGCCAAAUUAUACGUUUGUGAAAAAUUAUUUGAACAAGAAUCAGCUCUUAUACGAAGAUUACGUGUAUGAAUUCGUCCCAUUGUCUUAUCGAGAGGAUAGCGAUAAGUUUUACAGUUGUUUAUUUUCGGAUUGUUCCGCUUCGGUCAAGCUGCUGCCAUCCGGUAAUUUGAAGGUACUAAGAUCCAACCAACAUGCCCAUGAACGACCUGAUCUUACUGAUUGCCGUGAUGUCGGUCGUGGAUCGAUAGACUUUAGUACGAUAUCACCCAGUGGUUCCAGCGCCGGUGGGAAAAGCAAGAUACUGUUUGAAGGCUAUUUAUAUUACACCAAUGUCACACAAACAUUCCAGGAUGAUACGAAGGUGUUCCACUGCCAUAGUAACGUAUUAACGAAGGAGAAGAGUAAAUCCAACGCUCGUUGCUCAGCGUUGCUGGAAUUGUUGCCCAAUAACCGUGUUAUUGUCACGGGUAUCCAUCACCAUUCGACGCCUAAACUUUCCGACAGCGACACUAAAAAGACAUCUCACACAAAAAUUAUGGUGUUGGAUGGGCGAUCCUACCGACACCAUAACACGCAUCCCGAUGGAACAAUAAUCUGGCAGUGUGCAGACGAUCCCAAAUGUAAAGCUAAAGUAUACGGCAAACCGAAUGGGAAACUGGUUUACGGUACCGCAAAACAUGUCCUUCGGCACAUAAUGCCAAAGUUGCCGAAUCAUUCAGCUAACGAUUUAAAAAUUUCGUUACCAUUAACAUCAACGUCAGUGAAGACUGCCGCCGUGCCUACGGCUGGUUCGUUGAUACCGUCGGCAUCAAAUUGCAUCGUUCCUACCGGCAGCUUGCGGACAAAAUGGUACCAAGGCAAUAGGUACAAUUUUUAUCUCACGCGUAGAGAUGGUGUGCAGUGCUGGCGAUGCUGUAUGCGCAUCGAAGAAAAGUGUGAAGCCGGCAUUUUGUGCUACCCAUCCGGGGCAAUAAUGUCGUACAACAGCUUGGAACAUACGCAUCCCGUGCUAAAUCCUUCUUGGGAAGAGCAUGAAGCUAAACCACUGUCGUCGUACAGUUUGCCGAUAGUUAAAAAGGUGGAACCGAAUGAAGAAGUAGCUCGAAAUGUAUGUAAAUAUCCGAUACUCAACAAGAAUGCAGCUAACGAUUUGUACUUGACAUACAAGGGUGUACAAUACUCGUUACGAAAACGGACCUCGGACGGAAUAUGCAUUUAUCGAUGCCGCAACAAACCUUGUACGCACACGCUAAUUGUAACUAAACGUGGAAAAAUCAUUCCCAAAAGGGCAACUUGGCAUAGCUGCGAAAUACAGCCAGAAUCGGAUGCAGGAGAGAUAGUAUCAGUAGAAUCAACAACAGCAAACGCAUUUUUGAUUGGUGCUAGUGGUUUGGGUUUUGAUAAACCUGAAAUUGAAGAUCCAGACGAUUUGGUAGAUCAAAACGAUAGCAACACGAUGGAACCCAUAUUGAAACGCAUCCGAUUAGAUAGCAAUAUUGAGAUGGUUGAAGACCACCAACAAAGAACGAUCGUACAGACAAUGGACAGUUUCUCCUCCGUCCUCAAUACUGAAACCGAUGCAGAGGAGGAAGAGGUACCUCAGGAGGAAAACCACAGUGAAAUGCAGGGCAGCCUCGAGACUGGAAAUGUUGAGACAGAUGAGUGGGACCAUGAAUAUUUGGAGCAAGAGUUCGAAGGCACAGAUGCGAUCGAGACCGCCGAUUGUGAGCCCGUAGAUCGACGACCAAUCGAUGAUGAGGAUGAUGAUGAUGACGACGAUAAUGAUGAUGUUGUUGUUGGUACGCAUGAUAACCAAACGAUCGAAGAACUGGCUACAUCGGAGCAUUCUCGUGAAAGUUUUACGCUAAAACCAUCAUUUAACGAUGCCAACAAUGAGUGAAAACAGAAUGCCCACAUUUCGAAUCAUCACACCUGGCGAUUUUGUUGCUUAAAUAAUGUAAUUACCUAUUCAAAAUGUGUUUCUCAAAAACCCAGUAAAGUUAAGCUAAAUUCUAUUAACCGAACGAAGCGUACUGAAGACACGAGACUCAAUUGUACCAUACGUAGAAAUGUACACUACAGUUUACUUUCGGCAGACGGAUUAGCAUAGGGAUUGACAUUAGGAAUGAAGAAUGUUACGACAAUUUUGAACUUAAGUUGGUAGAGAGAGAGAAAAACGUUUUUGUUAUAGAGAUGAUGUUGAAGUUACUACUGAUAACUUUGUUUUGUUUUUUUUUUAUGAUUUAAGUUUUCUUUUGAAUUAUUUGAGCUUCGAAUAAAACUACAGAAAGUAUAUAUGGACCAUGUAAAUAAUAUGAGAUGAAUAAAA